AUCACAUGAUACAAAAAGUUCUGUGUUGACACCACAAAUUUACAUCACAUUUCCUUUGCUUGUGUACGCAGUAGAACCAGCUGUUCUUCGCAGCCUUCUUUAGAGAAAUUCCCAACAGUCAGUCCACAAGGUUAGGGCACAUGCUUUUAAUUUGUUCUGUUUUAAUGUAACAAAAUCAUUUCGCGAUACAUUUCCGGCUGGGUUCCUCAAUAUCGAAAGUAAUUCUCUUCUGGAUUGCUGAAAUGACAAGAUGAACGUUUUAAUAACUGAGUGUGUGACGAUUUAACAAUCAUUACAAGCAGCUUAGUAAAUGAUAAAUGUUCUUACUUUGCUAUCGUAAUUGAUUGAUUUUGCUUCGCUUUCUAUAGUGCAUAUUCAUUUCCUCCCAGGUGAAUAAAGAGAAUUACUGAUUUUGGUGAAAACGUUUGAUUUGUUAAAUGCUUGAUUUGCAAAAUGCUUGAUCUCACUGUUUGGAAAAAGGCAGCAUCACUUCAGUUCAAUUCUUAUUCAUUUGGCCUUAGCCAAGAUUUAUUAUUUUGACUUGUAAGUUGUCACGGUAUGGAAAGGUCAACCUUUGCUGGAAAUGUAUCCCGAAGAAUUUCGCGCGAUUGCCUUUUACGUAUCUUUCGCAUCCUCUCUGAUCGCUGCUUAAUCAACGUUCAGUUACAUUUGACUGAUUUUCGCGGGAAGAGGAACAACGCAAAAAGCUCAUUAAAAGCGUAGAUGAUAUGAGAGUGACUGCGGGCAUGUUUACUUUCGUUUUAACAAUGAUUCGUUUCAGUUACACAAUGAACGAUUAUGUUUUAGGCCCACUAUUAUUUUUUUUUUUUGUAAUGUGACCUGCUUUGUAAAAAAAAAAAUUAUUCAGCCCAUAGAUAUAGCCCGUAGAUAUAAUCAAGGAAAGAUUAUGCAAGAGAUGACCACGGGCAUGUUUACUUUCGUUUUAACAAAGCUUUAUUUUUCACAAUUAACGAUUAUGUUUUAUUAUUGUAAAUUUUCGUAACGUGACCUGCUUUAUAAACAAACUAUUCAGCCCAUUUCAGAUAGCUGCCUUUUUUUUAAGUAAGAAAGACUGGUCUGAGUCAUGCUGGUGUUUAGGCCCAUACCUUUUUAGUAGAAGUCGAAGUGAAAGGGGGAAUGAUUUGUAAGGGAGGAAUAUGCUUUGGCCUUCACUCAGGCUUCAAUCUAUGAAGUUUUCUAUGGUCUUUUAGCCCACUGUAAGAUUUUCCCUUCUGGCCUCAAAGUCUGAAACUUUCUAACUUUACUUAUUUAUCCUGAUUUAUUAAGGUCAGUGUCUUUUAAAAUAAUCUGAACUGUUUCUGUACAAAUUAAUAUAACACUGUAGGGUAAAUGUUCUAUGAGGAUGAUUCAAAUAUCAAAUUUAACUGUAACAAAAGAUCAUCAAUUUCACUUUUUUCUAAAUUCAAUGAAUAUCAUACGUUUUUUUUGACAUAGUUUAUAUUGUAAUGGCGGAGAAGGGAGCCCUGAAAAGAAAAUCGAGGACUUUGGCUGGAAAGGAAGAACAGCAGAAGUUACUCUGUAAGAGAAGUCUCAAGUAUCAACUGGAUCACCUGAUGACGUUUUGCUUUGGCAACGCUAUCAAAAUACUAUUAAUCGGUAAAACAGGAGUUGGAAAAUCUCACUUGACGAAUGCUCUAAUCGGUGAACAGCUUGCUGAGGAGGGAGAAGAUUUUGAUCCAAAAACCGCUGAGGCAAGUUUAACUAAAUUAUAAACGUAUAGAAAGAUUUAGUUACAUUUUGAUCACUUAUAAACGUGAUAUUGGAAUGAAAAAAUUGAAAAUUGAUCUAAGGAUUCGGACAAGAAACUUGAGCCAUAUGAAGUAGGAAUCAAGUACCCUCGUAACAUUCUUCAAAAUGACAUUGCAAGGUAGGAGCAGAGGGAAUAAAGCGAGAUACCACACCCAUGACCCCUUAGCUAGGUAGAGUGAAGUGCUGCAAGUGUCAAGAAAAAUACCUAAGUAACGUGACAAGGAUUUAGUUCAAGCUAAAAUCGGUUCCAAAGGUUUUGAGAAUUCAAGACUUUCUACCGGCGAACUGUUCACGAGAAGGACAUUCCUUCAGUCUUAGGCACAAAUCCCCGGUAGUAAUAUAAGCAAACUGUCUGAAAGAGUUUUUUUCCUCAAUAUCUCAUUAUGCUAUUAUUAGUAUAUCCUUAAAGACUAGGCAGCUUAAGCCCCAUGAUUCAUGAUUUUUAGGUGAGAGCUUAUGAAUUUUCAAAGAACAACGUGAAGAUUACGGUGUUUGACACUCCAGGACUGGCAGAUACGAAAGGCAAUGACGAAGAAUAUAUAAAGAAGAUCAAAGAAAAAAAGAUAGAGUUCGAUCUUAUUCUGUUCUGUACUGAGAUGAAUGGUACAAGAUUUCGUAACGACGACUUAGAGACAAUGAAGAAGCUGUCGACAGCCUUAGGUUUUCAGAUUUGGAACCACGCAGUAAUUGUGUUAACGUUUGCUGACAUGGUUGUUGCAUCAGCAAGCCAGAAGCUGAAAGGCGUCUCGGAUAAAGAGGUGUUUGGUGAAAAGUUCCAAGGUCUGAAGAAGACAUUUCGGCAAGCCCUGAUCCACAACUGUGGAGUGCCUGAAGAGGUUGCCAUUUAAGUGCCAUUUGUACCAACUGGGGACUCCAUGGAGCUCAGACUGCCAGACAGAAACGACUGGAAGACGGCAUUUUGGGUGACGGUGUUCAAACGCAUCAGCAAAGUAGCAAAGGCUGCUUUUCUCCUAUCAAGUGCUGAUCGACUGUCAUUUCCUCAUGGCUCGAAUUUCGACGAAGACGAUCCCGAAAGCGCUGCCAUAAGAGCUUUGAAUCAUACGUUCCACGAGGUGACUUUGGAAAACCAUGUGGAUGCCCAUGAAGAAUCUGAAAGACGGCCCGAAAUACCAUCUGAAGGUGAAAGGUCUGAAAUGAAUGUUUCUUCUUCCAUAUACCUGGACGAACCUUCCUCUCAAAGAAUCGUUCAAGAAAUUUUGGGGGAUGUGACCGACAGUCAUGAUAGCACCGAAACGACCAAUCGAAAUACAUUCGUCCGCUUUUAUCACACGUUCCUUAGCUUAAUUAUUAAAUAUUUCAAGAGGAUUUUACGAAGGAAGCACCAAGAGGAAGAAUCUAAGAGACAAGGGCCUUUACAGUAGGGUACCUCUGUAGUCAAGAACAAAUUAAGGACUUAACUACUUGUUCGAAACUCUCAAACCUUCACAGAUCAUGAGAACGGGAAAAAUAUCGGGAAAAAUUCAAAGAUCGCAUAUACUCGUCAUUUGUUUCUCUCUCUUAUCAAAAAAGGCACAAGAUGAUCAGGGAGAGUUAGAAUGUCUUAGAGCUUGAUUAUGAUGGUUUCCAUUAAGGGAGACUCAUUCGUUCAAUUUGAAUCAUAAAUACUUAAUAACCAUGCUAAUGAUCUGUUCUGAUAUUCUAUUGAAAUUUUUUUGUAUAAAGACAAACGAAUCGUGCGGAUGGUCAUAUUGUUGCAAAUAGCCCUCUUUUAAAUUUGACUUGAAGAAUGUUCCAAUGUGGAAAAGAGACUUGUUUAACUGAACGAAGCUAUAGACAUAGACAGAUCACUGAGGGGCAGGGGAAUAAACUGUUAGAAAUUCAGUGGAUAACAUUGAACGAAACAAUUACAACAGCACAAUCACAAUGAUAUUUCCCUGUUAAAUUUAGUCAGUUAGCGACUAUGUAUAUCACUGUUGAUAUAAGGUUAUUCAUUUUAACCGAAUCAUGAGGCUAAUGUGCUGCCUUACUGAACCUCUUUUGAUUUGCAUGAUGGACUCUGUAGAACUUUUGCUUUUAUUUGAAGGCUGAAUUGAAAAGAUUACCUAAAGGAGGUCUCAAAUUGCGUCAUCCUAGCCACAAAUAUCGUUCUAGGCUUGAAUUAUGUAGUUGUUGUCACUGC